AUGCGCCGCACCAGAGCAUUCCAUAUAUCGCAAGUGCCUUUCUUCUUCACAUAUCACUCUCACCGAUCUCAUUAUAUUCGGCCUUCCCUCAUCCGCGAUACCACAUCUCAAUCCUCCUUCUCCAAGCGCAAUCGCGCACAGCCAAUCUCAGGGUUUUCAAUGAACCAGGCAACGGUGCAUGGGGUUGACCCUCACUCAUACACAAGCGGUCGAUGGCUUCGGAACGACAAACAUCAACGCCAGCUACGCCGGAUUGACCUUAACUUUGACGAGCUCUGUCGGAAGGUAGUCGGCCUUUACCAUGGGGCAAAACACAUCAAAAGCUGUGAGAAGAAGGAAGGUGGUUUCAACAGGGUGUUCAUUUUCACCAUGGACGAUAGUUCCCGCGUCGUGGCGCGGCUACCCUUCACAUCAGCUGGCCCCGCAAAAUUUGUGACGGCUUCUGAAGUGGCAACGAUCCAAUACUUACAAAGAAACACCAGCAUUCCGAUCCCUGAAAUUCUUGAUUGGAGCGACGACGCGACGAAUAUCGUCGGAAGCGAAUACAUCAUCAUGGAACAUGCGGCUGGCAUUCAGCUACAGCAGAAGUGGCCCUACAUGUCGGGUGAUCAGAAAGUCGCAUGCAUAGACGCCAUUUACAAAAAGCUCAGAGACAUGGUUGAUCUCAACUUUUCGGCCUAUGGAAGCUUGUAUUUUUCCACCACACCAUUGGGCUCUUCCUCUAGGCUACCGCUAGACGGCGACUUCUGCCUCGGGCCCCACUGUGGAACAAGGUAUUGGGCUUGUGGCGACCCCAGGUACUACCAACAUACAGCUCCCAAUCAAGGUCCAUGGUCGACGAUAGCUGCAUAUUCCGAUGGCCUUGUCGACGCAGGUCUUUCAAGGAUCCCACCGAGGGACUCUCAGCUCCCCAAUCGACCAAUCUAUCAAGGCUCGGUCCAGGAACAUUUAGCUCUUCUGGGAUGUGGUCGUGCGGUGCUAAAUGCAAUGUCCGCGGAUAGUCGGGUCCGUGAUGCAGCUGUGCCGGCCUUAUUUCAUCCCGACCUACACAAAAGGAACAUAUUUGUUUCGCAUGAUGAUCCUUCGGUCAUAACUGGUUUUAUUGAUUGGCAGUCAUCCAGCAUAGAACCGGCGUUCUGGUAUGCAGAUGAGGUUCCGGACUUCGCAACCGGUGUAGCUUCCUCCACAAGUGCAGAAGGGGCAGGUGACAGCGAGCUAUGCACAAAAACCUACGAAGUCUGUACCCGGUUUCUCACUCCAAAGCUCGCACUCCCUAGGUCGAUGGAUGAGGGCAUACUUCGACCCUUUCAGUACUGCUACAGAACGUGGAAAGAUGGCGCCGUUGCGUUUCGGCAUGAGCUCAUUGAAACCUCUCAAGACUGGGAAGCACUCGGAUUGCCCGGUUCGUGUCCAUUUGUUUUACCGACACCAGAAGAGAUGUCUCUGCACCGAAAGGAGUACAAAUGUUUUGAGGCAGCCCAGAAUCUGAAGCGUGAUUUGUCAAGCCUGCUUGACACUGCAUCUGAUGGAUGGGUUCCUCUGGACGACUGGGAAGCGGCAAAAGCAGGAAACAAAGCAAUGUUCAAUGGAAUGUUGGAAGCCGUACUGACAAAUAAUGAUCCGGAUGAGGAUGAUCCUAUUAGGGAUGAAAGAGACCUGCGAGAUAUUUGGCCCUUCGAUCUGCCGGAGUAA